CGACAUUGAGCACACCGUUCAUCCGCUCAACUUCAUCGUCUCUGUCAUCGACCACCAUACCCUUGCCUUACAAAUGGUCGUCGCUAAGCUGGACAACGGUCCUCUCACUCCAGUCAGCGAGGGGACACCCGCACUCGACUCUCCCGCCUCUGGUCCUUCAGCAAGAUACGGCAAGCGCAGACCGUACCACUUCUCCACCCAAUGUGUAACCGUCGAGAACCCGCUUCAGAAGGACCAGUAUGGCAGUAGCAGCGUCCCCAUCUACCAGACCGCGACGUUCAAGGGCAUGGGAGGAGAGUAUGACUAUACUCGCAGUGGGAACCCGACCAGAAGUCAUCUGGAACAUCAUAUUGCCAAAAUAUCUUCUGCCGCACAUGCCUUUGUCGUGUCCUCAGGAAUGGCUGCUCUGGAUGUCAUCACGCGACUGCUGAAACCCGGAGAUGAGGUAAUCGCCGGGGACGAUUUGUACGGUGGCACGAAUCGUCUGCUCACAUACUUGAAAAACAACGGUGGAAUCACCGUGCACCAUGCGCACACGACCGAUGCCACUGCCGUAGUUCCCUACCUACGCGCAGGCAAGACCGCCAUGGUGCUCCUCGAGAGCCCGACAAAUCCUCUCCUCAAAGUUGUCGACAUUGCUAGUAUUUGCGCGAGCGUACGUCAGCUCGCACCUGACGCGCUCGUCGUCGUCGACAACACUAUGAUGAGCCCGUACCUUCAACGGCCGCUCGAGCACGGCGCGGAUAUGGUCUACGACAGCGGGACGAAGUACCUCAGCGGACAUCAUGAUCUCAUGGCCGGCGUGGUGGUCUGCGACCGGGACGACGUUGCCCAGAAACUCGCCUUUACGAUCAAUGCCGUUGGAAAUGCACUCUCGCCGUUCGACUCCUUCCUGCUCCUUCGGGGCAUCAAGACUAUGGCAAUCCGGAUGGAUCGCCAGCAGUCAUCGGCCAUGCGCGUCGCGACCUACCUCAACAACCUAGGGUUCAAGACUUUUUACCCCGGUUUGCCCAACCACCCAGGGAGAGAAAUCCACGAACGUUUGGCGAAUGGAUACGGUGCCGUGCUCUCAUUCGUUACAGGCGAUAAGGCGCUCAGCGAGCGCAUCGUGGGAGCAACUCGACUCUGGGGCAUCAGCGUUUCCUUCGGUGCCGUCAAUUCCUUAAUCUCCAUGCCGUGCCUCAUGUCGCACGCUUCUAUCGAUGCAGCGACCCGAGCAGAACGCGGCCUGCCCGAGGACCUCAUCCGCCUCUGUGUGGGUAUCGAGGACCCCGCAGAUCUGCUCGAGGACCUCGAGCUCGCCCUCCUCCAGGCUGGCGCUAUAAGUAGCGUCGAGCUUCCUUCUGGCGAGCGUAGGCUCACCCGCGUACACCCCGACGACGGAACGGGACUCAUCGGCAUGGCUGUGGAGAAAAUUAGCGGGAAGCUCGACGGUGUCCAUCUGAAGGAGACGGACCCAGAGUCAAGGGAAUGGUUCAUCUCUGCCCCUGGAAAGGUCAUCCUGUUCGGCGAGCACGCGGUGGUACAUGGCGUGACUGCCAUCGCCGCUGCAGUCAAUCUUCGCUGCUUCUCUCUGACUUCACCGAGGCAAGACGGGAAGAUCGGCCUUCGUCUCCCCGAUCUGGGGGGCUACGAAGAGGAGUGGGUUGUUGAGGACCUCCCAUGGGAAGCUCUCCGCGCGCUGGCGGAUGGCGAACCCCAUGGGCCCGUCUUGGACGAGCAGCUGAUCGCAGCCGUGACCAACGAAACCCUCAGAAAGGAGAAGGCGACCAAAAGUUCCCAAAACGCCGCCGUCGCCUUCCUCUAUCUGUACAUGAUGCUCGCCCGAGAUGACAGCAAGCCGGCGUUCACGUUCACCGCAAGGUCGAAUAUGCCAAUCAGUGCUGGCCUGGGCUCAUCAGCCGCGUACUCGACGUGUGUCGCCUCUGCCCUCCUUUUCCUUCAUCGCCGGAUCAGCAUGCCCCACGAGCCUGCGCCAAGCACUGCCGCACACGGAAUGCACCCAGGUCAUGUGCACAUCUCACAUGGUGGCAGAGUUGCCAUCCCGAAAGAGACGGCGGACGAGAUCAACGCCUGGGCGUUCAUCUCAGAGAAAGUGCUCCACGGCAACCCGAGUGGUAUCGAUAACUCUGUAGCGGUUUAUGGGGGCAGUCUGGCGUAUACCCGCCCUGGGUUUGCUAGAAAGGCUGGCCUGGACCCUCUCCAUGGAUUCAAAUCUCUUCGAUUCCUCUUGGUAGACUCCAAGGUACCACGGGAUACGAAGAGCCUUGUUGCAGGGGUCGGGAAGCGUAAGGCAGAGGAGCCCGAUGUGAUCAACCCCAUCCUUGAUGCAAUCCAGGAUAUCACUGAAGAAGCACGGCGAGCGCUGGAGGAUCAUGAGCUUCCGCGAUCUACCCUCAUCUCUGGACUCGGAGCGCUGAUCGAUGAGAACCAUGACCACCUUGUUUCCUUGGGCGUCUCACAUCCGACGCUCGAGAUCAUCCGUGCCAAGACGGCUUCCGCACCUUACAACCUACGGACGAAGCUUACGGGCGCUGGGGGAGGAGGAUGUGCUGUAACGUUGAUCCCUGAUGGUUUCCCGGACGAGACUCUGGAGCAGCUCGUUGCCGAGUUACGAGAGGAAGGUUUCGAUGCGUACGCAACCACAGUGGGUGGGAGUGGCAUGGGUGUCUUCUCGCCCCGUUCUGGCGAAGAUGCCGAAGUCAUCUCAACAGAGGGUGGGGAUGAGCAGAUGCGCGUACCGUUGAGCAAGCAAUUCCUGGACAAGGAUAAGACGGAACUCGCCCAGUGGGUCGAGGCUCGCGGAAGGUGGUUGUACGUCUGAGGUGUGCCUCUGGCAUGACUUGAGCAUCAUGCAGAAAUGUGUAAAAUACAUAGGGAAGAAUAGAUCUUGUUCUUGCGUCAUUAUGUGAGUGGUGUGAAUACGCUUGCGCAAGUAGGGGACUGCCUCCUUCAUUUCUUCCCCUCUCCUCCUCGCCGAUUUCUACGCUCCUUCCUUUUCUUUCGCACGCUUGUUUGAAUAUCACAUCCCCGCUCACAUCCAUCACUGUGCCCAUCUGACGUGGAUGCGAAAAGAAAUAGCGACCCAUAAACACAUGCCGAGUGACAACACGUCAUGACGCGGCUUUCUUGUUCAACUCCUCUUGGGCCGCAUACAUGGCCUUCUGUCGAGCAUCUAACACUCUCCGCUUAUCGAAAUACUCGACCCAGCUUUUGGCACAGCUCCCCUCAUAGGCCUUGCGCUCCUUGGCGCACGUCUUGCCGGUCUCCCUCUUGGGCUCGAGGACGUUGACCUUGUCCAAGCAGGCAAAGUAUUCGUCCCUCAUGUCCCAGCAGUGCUUGCGGUCGUCUCGUUUGGGGACAGCCGGGGUCGACAUGGUCUGGGGCGGGAGGGACGGGUGGCAAGGUGAG